GGAUUAGAGUACACAUUUUCUAACUACAAGAGCUUCUCAGAUCAAUGAGUGAGCAACUGUGCAAUCUACUUGCUGGAGCUGAAAGCCAUGAAGUUGCAGUUCCAAAUCCUCAUGCUACUCUGGUGCUUUGUGGAUAUAUCAAAGGCUGCCAAAAUUGUGGUUGUGCCGCCGAUUAUGUUUGAAAGCCAUCUCUACAUUUUCAAGACCCUAGCUAAGGCAUUACAUGAGCAUGGACAUGAGACGGUGUUUGCAGUGUCAGAAGGUAGAGAGAUCCCUUCAUCAGAUUACUUUAGACUGCUGCGGUAUCCUGGCUUCUUCAAUAGUACAACAGCAGAUGAAUUUUUGCAGUCCAAGAUGAGGAACAUUUUCUCAGGAAGGCUAACAGCACUUGAGCUCUUUGACAUUCUGGAGCAUUACUCUAAGAACUGUGACAUCAUGGUUGGCAGUCGGGGUUUCAUUGCUCAGCUCAAGGAAGAAAAGUUUGACUUGCUUUUGGUGGACCCCAAUGAAAUGUGUGGCUUUGUGAUAGCACACCUUCUGGGAGUAAAGUAUGCAGUCUUUUCCACUGGUCUCUGGUACCCAACUGAAGUUGGUGCUCCAACACCACUGGCCUAUGUACCAGAGUUCAACUCUCUCCUUACAGACAACAUGAAUUUAUUUCAACGAAUUACAAAUAUUGCAGUGUACUUAGUGUCACGCUUUGGUGUGAAUUUUCUGUUCUUGCCAAAAUACGAGCGAAUAAUGCUGAAGUAUAAAAUUGAGCCUGAACGCUCCAUGUAUGAUUUAAUACAGGGUUCCAGCUUAUGGAUGCUUUGCACGGAUGUAGCACUGGAGUUUCCUCGACCAACAUUGCCCAAUGUUGUGUAUGUGGGAGGAAUUUUGACUAAACCUGCGAGUGUUCUACCAGAAGACUUCAUGGCAUGGGCAGAUGAUGCUAAGGAGAAAGGCUUUGUCCUGGUAUCGUUUGGAGCUGGUGUGAAGUAUCUGUCAGAUGAUGUUGCGCACAAAUUAGCAGGAGCUCUGGCACGGCUUCCUCAAAAAGUGAUUUGGAGGUUUUCUGGAAAGAAACCUGUCAAUUUGGGCAAUAAUACAAGGCUUGUGGAAUGGAUGCCCCAAAAUGAUUUACUUGGUCAUCCAAACAUCAGAGGAUUUCUAAGCCAUGGUGGUCUGAAUGGUAUCUUUGAAGCGAUGUACCAUGGUGUACCUGUAGUAGGGAUUCCCCUUUUUGGUGAUCACUAUGAUACAAUGACCCGUGUGCAUGCCAAAGGCAUGGGAAUUUCAAUAAACUGGAAAACUAUGACCGAAGAUGACCUACAUAAUGCAAUGUUGACAGUGAUUACUGAUCCACGCUACAAGCAACGUGCUGAACAAUUAUCUCAGAUUCAUAGAGACCAGCCUGAACAUCCUGUUAGCCGAACAGUUUACUGGAUUAACUACAUCCUCCGUUACAGUGGGGCAGAACAUCUUCGUGCUGCUGUUUAUAAUAUCCGGUUCUACCAAUAUUUCUUGUUGGAUGCAGUUCUGCUCGUUUCAUUGAGCAUUGUUGUUGCAUUCAAGAUGGGAUUGUGGAUAGUGAAGCUGGUUGCCAAAAGGUUUUCAUCUAAAUUAGUGCAUGGUAAAACUAAUGGACACUGCUACAAUGGAAUAGCAAAUGGUAAACAUCGGAAGAACGGUCACGUCAAACAUGAAAAAAAAGUGAAAUGAGUAACCUUGUCCAUCCUGUAAUAUUGGGAAAGAUUAACAGUUAACUAUACUGUUGGUAUAAUACCACCUGUGUAACACACUACUGACAGCAUUUAGGAAAAUAACUGUGUUAACAUUCUCCACCAUUUAACCUCAUUUUGCCUAAAAUUCCAUGUGCUGACUAAAGGACCGAUGAGCACAAUUAAAAAUGCAAUACUGUACAUCUGAUCCCUGGCAUUUCUGCACAAAUUACUUUGGCACUGAAACUAUAAUGGCCUUAAUUCUUGGAAAGUUUUAUUAUGAAUUUUUAUAAAUUGUUUUGUGAUUUAUUAAAGUGUGUUGUGUGCCCCACUUUUUUUUAAAAAAGACAAAAAAGAUGAAGGGUUUGAUACUUGGGUAAAAUUAGUUUAGUUUGAUUUUUUUCAGUUUUGUUUGUGUUGACAGAAGAUUAUGUUAGCUAAGACUAUAUUGAAUCGUACACUAAUUCAAUUGUGAUGGUGGUCUAGUCAAUUAUUGGACCCAGAUUAAGAUGUUUUACUUGUUACAGCGAAUGUCUUCCCUUUGGUGGAAAACAUGGUCAGAUCUGAUUGCGAAAGGAUUGGAUGUGUUUUUUCACCAUUUCUAUAAUUCUUAAUAGAUUGGGCACAAAUCCAGGUAUCCCUCAUACACACUUCACAAAAUCAAAGUUGGCAUGUAGUUUAAUUGUCUUGUUAGGUAGUGCUCAAUGAUAACCUAAUUUUCAGCUUUAUUUAGGCGUUUUCAAACUUAAUCACAAAUUGUGUACCUUACAAGAUUUAGAUUGGUAUAAUUCACAACUGAGAAAUGAAGCAUUGUUACUUUAAAAAUGAUUCAAACAACACAUUUUUAAGUGCACAAUAUAUCUUUAACUGUUAAAUGCUCUGCAAAUCCCAUUUAAAAAUACAGCAUUUGUGAUGGGUGGCAACAUUUUCCACAUCGUACUUCACUGAAUUUUAGGUGUAUCACCUUUUUCUAGAGUAAUUUAUUAGUGUAUAUUAAAAUGAGGAAUACAGCAGUAACAUGAUCAUCCAUUAUAAGCUAGCUUCAGAAUAUGCAUUGAAUGUGGUCUGAAAAUUAAUUUAUCACCUAAAUAUUACAACUUUAGAUUCCAUCAUGAAUGGACAUUUUGGGUAUAUGAACCAAGCUGAAUCUUUAUAUUCUUAUACUUCUACCUCUUGUUCCACUCUGUCUUGAUACACAAUGGAUAAACAUGAGACCAGUUCACAUUUGCCUGCACAAACAAAGCAGCUACAUAUAUUGUUGCCCAUCACUUGCCAAAGUAUUUUUACAUGGUCUUUAUAUUUUCCCAUUAAAAUAUAGGUGAAUAAUUUGUCAAUGGAUGUUAAUUUUCGAUGGCUUGAUCUUGGCAGCUUCCUGUUCUUUUGAACAUCUUUGGGGCACACAAUUCACUAACUACUGUACUUAACUGUAGCCCAGUGCUGCUUUUCUGUAUCUGUCAUAGUUUGUCUACAGUGUGAUGUGUUUACUUGCAAUACAUACUAGCCCUGCUGUGAGUGUAAAUUUUAUUUAUUGUAAUUAGAGUUCACAUGUCUGACAAAGAAACUAAGAGCAUCUCAUAUUCAACAUUGCUAUUGUCUCCUUGAUUUUUACUAAAUUGUGACCCAAAUAAGGAUUGUAUUUUAUUUAUAUCCCACUUGGAGCCACAGAUGACCACUGAAUGUAGGAAAAUAGACAGGCGUAUGAACAGCUAAUAACUUUAAAUAACUGAACAAAACAAAGUCGAUGUAAAAAAAAAAUUACAUUACUUUCAUUUCUGUUCAAAGUUCUAUGCAAUACUGCCAUGAAGUGGCCAUAGAGAAAGCAGAUUAACUGCUUUGUAAGGCAAUGAGUGGUGGGGUGAUAACUAGGUAGUCGUAACGCGUACUGUAUGCAGAUAUUUGUUUUUAAGUAAAAUAACGGAUACAGUGUCUUCAGGCUGUAGUAUAGUUGGGCUAAGGCUAAAGCUGUGAUAAAGUCGAGCAAUAAGCACUGAUUAAAUAGCCUGGAACUUUUUUUUUAAUAUAUGUAUAUAUAAAAAUGUAAAUGUCUAAUUCCACCUACAGUUUUAAAUACAUACACUGUCAUCUGUUAUUGCAACAAAGUUAAAUAAAUGCAAAAACAUU